AUGAGCAGGGCAGUUUCCCUCUGGCACUCCGGGAAGAAGGAUCGAGAAAUUUACAGGGAAGGGCGAAGACAGUCACAGGAGAGUCCGGAAGAGGCAUGUGCCCUCCAGUCAGCGGGGCCACCCGACGGCAGAGCCAGUGAAGGAGCAGACCUGCUGGUUAAAAUCAAGGUGGGGAGUCGCGUGAGACCACACCGGGCCCCAACCCUACGGCCACCACCACACACUACCUCUCCCGUCACUGGUCAGCAAAGCUUUCUCCUGCCCGAGGUAUCUGGGAACACAUGGUGGUCAGGAAAGACUGUGUUAAUCCCUGCCUACCACCUUCUCGUCUGA